GAAUUCUUGGAUUUCUCAGCUAUCUAACCAAAGGCACCAAUCGUCUUGUUACACUCCAACUCCACCAUCCAGUCGCAAUGCAGUCAGCAAUCAUUUGGCCUACCAAGUUCCUGCCCGGAACCACCGACAACUAUGUCUCCAAUGAAGUAAUUGUACGCGACAUCACAGCCGCCCAAAUUUGGACCUACCUCGCCGACAUCACUCAAUGGGAGUCGUACUACAAUAACUGCAGUCAUAUCACGCCGCCAGUCGGAGGCAACAACCUCAAGAAGGGCGACAGCUUCAGCUUCUCGACUUUCGGUUUUCCCCCCUUUCCGGCAGAAGUCAUGGAGUCUCUGCCGCCGAGCGCGGGCUCACCGGGACGCUUGGCAUGGAGAGCAUGGGUAGAUGGGGACGAGAGCUCUAAGCUAGAUGUGUAUCACGCUUGGAUUGUGGAGGACUUGGAAUAUGGCGUGGUUAGAAUCUUGACGCAGGAGUCUCAGAUUGGACAGCCCGCGGCUAAGCUUGCGGCUACAAAGCCAAAUCCCAUGUUGAAUGGUCAUCAGGAGUGGCUCGACAGCUUGGUCAGCUUUACCAAGCAGAAACAGAAUACCUUAAGCUAAUACAAUCUGUGACUGAGAGCUUAUAAUCGGCACAUAGAACUUGGUGCUAGAAGUUGCCGUUGGACAGUGUUCUUCAUAAUGCUAUCGCUUUCUUCCAGUGUAUGUUGGUGGAAAGCGUUGCUGGUGUUCGCACUAUCACCAUCGGUUCCUGGAC